CUCUCCCUGACUUUGGCAGAUGCUGGCGUGGGUAGCCGGCUCCUUGCCGGUUGCACCACGGGGGCGAUGGCGGUCAUGGUGGCCCAGCCCACGGACGUGGUCAAAGUGCGGUUCCAGGCCCAGGUCAGGACCGAUGCUGGCCGGCGUUACCAAGGGACUCUGCAUGCCUACAAGACCAUCGCCAAGGAGGAAGGAGUCCGGGGCCUGUGGAAAGGGACCCUCCCCAACGUUUCCCGAAACGCCAUUGUGAACUGCGCCGAACUGGUGACCUACGACAUCAUCAAGGACACCCUGCUCACGUACCGCCUCAUGACAGACGAUAUCCCUUGCCAUUUCCUCUCGGCCUUCGGGGCCGGCUUCUGCACCACCAUCGUAGCCUCUCCGGUUGACGUGGUGAAAACCAGGUACAUGAACUCUCCCCCUGGCCAGUACAGGAACGCUGGGAGAUGCGCCCUCAGGAUGCUCCGGGAUGAAGGACCCCUGGCCUUCUACAAGGGCUUCACACCCUCGUUUCUUCGGCUGGGAUCCUGGAACGUGGUGAUGUUUGUGACUUACGAACAGCUGAAGCGGGCCCUGAUGGCAGCCCGGGGGUCGUGGGCGGCCCCAUCCUGAGCCGACCAGCGAGGCAGAGUUUAAAACUUCUGCUCCAAUCCUAUCCAUCCAUUUCCUCCUUUCUCCUGACCUGCUACGUUUCUAAAACUCUGCGGAUUUCCUGUUUUAAAAUGUUGGAAUGGUUUUAAUGCUUGCAAGGGUCUUGGCCUGGCUGUAGCUGCUGAUUCAGGCACACAUUCCUGCUGUCUUUUUAAAAAAAAGUAAUUUAUCUUUGCUGGACCUACGAUCCCAUCAUCAGUUUUUAACCCCUGCGAACGUUCGGAAGAUGCUUUUUAAACACGCUGGACGAUCGAAGUUGCCUGCGCUUAUCUUACACCAUGUUACCUGAAGUCUUACCUACUUCUGUCCCUGCACCAGCUUGCACGCCCCUUAAAACAAAAAAAUGGGAUGAAUUUUGUUCCACUUGCACACACGACUUCCCAAAAGGCUUCGCUUGGCCACUUAAAUUGAAUCACUUCCCUUUUUGGAAUUGGGAAAGAAUCGAUUUUUCCCAAGCUUGCUCCUUUCCCAGGUGUCUUUAAAGAAAAAUGGCCACCUUCUCCAAAUUGCUGGCAUUUGGGGAAGUGGGGGGGGGGAGGGGGCGACGGCAGCCCGAAAUGUGUUUGAGACCCUCCUGCUUGGCUUGCAAGUCCCUUCCUCGCCUUACAAAGCUGAAUUCAGAGCCCCUGAGAGUUUUCUGAGAAGUUUGAAUCCAGAUUCCCCCCCCCCCUCUCCCCAAUGUUUUUAACUAUUCUCGUCGGGCAGAGAGAUCAUUGACGGAUGAUCAGGCUUUCAUUGGACUUUUGUUCAGCUGGCAAAUUUGGGGAGUGGGGGAGAAAAAUGGCACUUAAAAAAAAGCUUUUUCCGUGGGCGAGCCUGCUGCGAAAUUAUUUAUGAUGUUGCGUUGAUUUUUUUUAAAACAGAAAAAAAAAAAUAUGCGCUACGAAUGUCGAUUUUUUUUUUUUUUAAAUAAA